UAUAAAUAUGAGAUGUGCAGAAUGAGUUCCACAACUUAAAUCAAAGGAAGAAAAAUGACGACAUUUGCAGUUUUGGUUUCCGUCAUCAUCCUAUAUUCUGAAAUGGCUACAAGUCAGGACUUGACUAUGGUGUCAGCUAUAGUGUCCUAUGCCUUUGAAGCAAUUCAGGACUGUGCACAGGAAAAUAAAGUUUCUUUGAUGAAGAUAUCAACUUCAUUAAUUUUCUCCCGUACUGGUGCUGACAAGAACUCUAAAUGUGCUAUUGCGUGUGUGAUGGAAAGGUUCUAUUUGAUUAUGGGUGAUCAAGUUGAAACUGCUAUGUUGGCCGAAGUGAUAAAUAUGAUUCCUAUAGAAGCACUGAAGGUACCAGUGACACAGCUCGUCAAUACAUGUGGAAAGAAAGGUAAAGGACCAGACAAGUGUGAAAAUGCCAGUACUUUCAUAUUUUGCCUCAAACAAAAUGGAAUGACCACUGCUACUAAAGCACUCUUCCGAGGUUAAGAUACAAUUGAACUACAGUUGCAUUAAUUGUCAUCAAUUUUGUGAAAUAUUUGCAUUUUCUACUUUACCUAUUGCUAAGAGUAUUACAAAAAGAAGUUGCCAAAGACUAUUUUAAUUGUCACAUCUUCUUGUCAGUAAUAAAUCUAUUGCAUUUAAUGACAGAAAUAUUUUACUUUGGAUAGAUAUUAGACCAGUGACGUUCAGAAUGUUUUCGUGUUAUCGGAACUACUAAUUUUAUUUUCCACACAAGUUGCUACGCCCAUUGAAAAUACUGUUAGACUGGCAAACCAGACUUCAUUCUUUACCUGAAUUAGGAUAUUUCUGGUUAGAUAGCAUUUUUACAUACAACAACUAAACUUAGAACAUCAAUAUAUAACAUUUUUGUACAUUAUUGUUGCAUAAUUAAAUUGUGUUCUGUAAUUAAAUUUGAUUUCUUUUCACUUUGAGUGUUUAUUUCAUUGAAAGGUAUGAUUAAUUUUUUGUAUGAAGUACACAGAAACUGUGAGUGAUAGUUGAGGUUAUCACAAUAUAUGAAAAGAAUACAGUAACAUUUGAAACAAA